AUGUCAGUUGCUGAAGAAAAGGCCACAACCGCGAAGCCGGAGCGGGGCGCGUUCAUCGUCCUCGAGGGCCUGGACCGCAGCGGCAAGACGACGCAGGUGAAGCUCCUGGAGCAGCGGCUCUUGGAGCAGAGGAAGUCGGUCAAGCUGAUGAGAUUUCCGGAUCGCACGACGCCGAUUGGCAAAACGAUCGAUUCUUACCUGAAGAGCGCGGUACGCAUGGACGACCACGCGAUUCACCUCCUCUUCAGCGCCAACCGCUGGGAGGCCGCAGAAACGAUAAACGAGCUCCUCGACGCGGGCACGACCGUCGUGUGCGACCGGUACGCGCACUCGGGCAUGGUCUACUCGGCGGCGAAGCGCUCGCCGGCGCUGCGGCUGGGGUGGGCGCGCGCGCCGGAUGCGGGCUUGCCGCGGCCGGACCGCGUCGUGUUCCUGGACCUGGACGAGGAGGCGGCACGGGCGCGCGGCGGCUGGGGCGAGGAGGUGUACGAGAAAGCGGCGAUGCAGCGCGAGGUGCGGCGGCUGUUUGGCGCGCUGGCUGGGAAGGCGGGGGAGGAGGAGGGGGAGGUGUGGAAGGAGCAGGGGCUGACGGGGGGGGAGGAGUGGUUGAGGGAGAAGGGGGACCUGGUGCUGGUGGACGCGGGGGGGACGGUGGAGGAGGUCGCGGAGAAGGUCUGGCGCGUGGUGGAAGAUGUGAAGGGGCAGAGGAGGGUGUUGUUGUGA